AUGUGUCGUCCUCUCGAAUUGACGGUAAGACUGUCAUUCCUCAUUCAUUUCAUGCGUGGUCUCCUCUCGUUGACCGCGCUGGCCAGCACGCUGGUUAUGGCCUCAUCCGCAGCCGUCGGGGCUCGUGCUCCUUCCUGCAGCGGUCCCGUCAAGAGCUCUCCAUCUACAUACUGGCUCGUUGAACAGGACCACACCGGAAAUCCGCGCGGAUAUGCCCCUAAUGCAGGAGGGAACUACAACUACCCCGUCUGGCGUAAUGUUCUGGAUUAUGGUGCAAAAAAUGACGGCUCCGGCGACCAGACUGGCAGUUUGCAAAAAGCCAUUAAUGAUAAUGGUAGCGGUGGAAGCCGUGAAAGCUCCGGUGUCACUAGGUAUCCGGCUCAGGUCUAUCUUCCGAGUGGUACAUACCAGCUGGGGAGCACACUCAACCUCCGAGUUGGCACGCUCAUUGUUGGAGACCCAAUUAACCCGCCUGUGAUCAAGGCGGCGGCCGGGUUCAACGGCAAUACGCUCACCAGCUUCAUGACGCUCAUGAAGAACGUGGUGUUGGACACCACCGCUCUCCGACCUGAUACUCGGAUUACGGCUCUGCAGUGGGGUGUGGCGCAGGGUGCUGGUCUAACAAACGUCAAAAUCAACAUGCCGAAUUAUUCCACCGGUCAUAUCGGUAUUCACGUCCAGGCGGGGUCUACUAUCGCCAUAACCGAUGUGCAAAUCAAUGGAGGUGUCGUUGGCAUCGACAACUCCAACCAGCAGGUCAACUUCAAGAGCAUCCACUUCAACGGCUGUACAACCGCCUUCAAAGCGUCCGGUGGACACACUGCUCUGCUUCAAGGUGCUACGUUCGAGAACUGUGGAGUGGGCAUUGACAUGACCAGCAACGGACUGGGAAGCUUGGUGCUGCUGGACUCGACCUCUGUCAACUCUGGGACUACGAUCAAGUUCCACGACUCAUCGAACGAUGGUGGGAACCGCAACAGCCAGAUUCUGAUCGAGAAUUUGACUCACGACAAUGGAAACCCCAUCGCCCAAGACAGCAACGGCAACGUCAAACUGGCCAGCACCUCCCAUGUCGACACGUGGGUCUGGGGGAACGUCACUCCAGGCCAAUACGAAACGGGAACCAGCUUCAGCACCAGCCGUCCGAACGUGCUGCUGUCUGGAGGCAAGUUCUUUACGAAAGCCCAGCCUACGUAUGCCGAGUACGCUAGUGACCAGAUCGUCAAUGUCAAGGCCGUCGCAGGCCACACCGUCAAAGGUGACGGAUACACCGACGACUCUGCUUCCCUCAACGCCAUUCUGGCCGAUAACGCGGCCAACUGUAAGAUCAGCUACUUCCCAUACGGUGUGUACAUAGUCAAGGACACGCUGGUCAUUCCGCCCGGCUCUCGGAUCGUUGGAGAGGCGUGGUCAGUGAUUUCCGGCGCGGGCAACGCCUUCAAGGAUGCCCGCAAUCCCAAGGCUGUUGUCCGGAUUGGCAACCCGGGCGACGUGGGCGUCGCAGAAAUCCAAGACAUGCGGUUCAGUGUUUCUGAGGUCCUCCCGGGAGCCAAGAUCCUCGAAGUCAACAUGGCCGGCAGCGCACCGGGCGACGUGGGCUUGUGGAACACAAUUGUGACUGUGGGUGGCACAGCCGAGACAAGCAUCUCGACCAGCUGCACGAACCAGGACACCUCCCAGUGCAUGGCGGCCUACAUGGUGAUGCACCUGACCAAGAGCUCGUCGGCUUACAUCGAGAACUUUUGGGGUUGGACAGCGGACCACAACCUGGACGGCGGGUCGGGGUACACUGUCAUCUCGACAGGUCGCGGCGUGCUGGUCGAGUCGACCAAAGGGACAUGGCUGACGGGUACUGGCUCCGAGCACCAUUGGCUAUACAACUACAAUUUCCAUAACGCGCAGAAUGUCUACGCAGGUCUACUCCAGACCGAAAGUCCGUAUAUGCAGGGCAGCGGCGCGACUCAGACGGCGCCUGCGCCCUGGACCGCGGACUCUGCGGUUGGUGAUCCGGACUUCUCCUGGUGUGCCGGCGGCGACCAGAAGUGCCGAACGGCGUUGGCGACCAACGUCGACGGCGGUAAGGAUGUGCUGCUGUAUAAUUCCGCGGCGUGGGCCUUCUUCGACGGCGAGUGGUACGGAGAUUACGGGACCCAGUGCAGUGGAAACUGCCAGACCAACAUGAUGCGGGUGAGCAACAACCCGGAGAACCUGGUGUGGUACUCGAUCAACACGCGCAAGACGAACGUGAUGGUGUUGGAUGGACAGUCGAAUCCGACCGAGUAUAAUCACCCAGGAGGAUGGGAGGCCAUCAUUCAAGCAUACCGGCAGUUUGCUUAGACCACCACCCGUUCUUGUACAUAAUUAUCAAAAGUAGUAAAUAUUACUUCACCUGAGCCAUGGCACGAAUCGAACACACCGCCACAUGCGGCAUUGCCACACCUCGGCUGUCUCCUC